UGAGACCAAACCACAUGUUACAAUUUGCAAUAUGGAUCCACUCGAAAACCGGCCGACUACCCUCUCCUAAUUUUUGCGGUGGUGAAACAGGUUGCGGUCAGGUCGAAAAUAGCCGGUGGUGGAGGGUGAAAUCCGGCCCGAAGAUUCCGGCAUAAAAGUCACAGGCAAGGGGAGGGCCCUUUCAUUUCACCGGUGUAGCUCAUUAGUGUGGCAGUGAAGUGGACAAGAGGACGACAUCAACAAUUGAAAAUGGCUUACAAAUCCGUCCUCAGCAUCUUGGUGAUUUCAGUGGCCAGCUUAGUUGGAGCUGAUGAGCCGAAUUUCGUACCUGGCGCCUUCCCAGCCCAGGCAAGCGCAGCUGCCGCGGCAGCCACAGCAUAUUCACAGCCGCAACCAGUACCUGCUCCGUUGUACCCAUCAAAUGAGGGUAACUCUAUUGAAAGUGACAACUCUCUCCAAUCAUACGAAGAGCCAUCUGGCUUCGGAGUCCAGACCGGUUAUGAAGGCUACCUUGUCCCGGAGGAAGAACCUACCGCACUUAGCAUCAUUUCCACCCUCUUCCCUCAGCUGUCCGGAAUCAUCAACUACAUUAGUGGAUUGUGGUCACGUAGCUCGAAUGUCGUCUCCGGGGCUGCUGGUGUUGUCGCCUUGGGUGGAGUCCUCACUACUCUCACUUGCGCUUUCACUCCUCUUUGUACGCUAACUUUUGUUGGUCUUGCCAGGGAAAAUGUCCGUGAUAGCAUGAGGUCAUACUUGACUGAAGAAAACAUAGAUACUGCUGCCAACUUCAUCCGUGAAGCUUACGAGAAGUACAAGAAGUUGAACAACCGAGUUCGCAGGAGGAGUGCAAACAAGAAGAAGUAAACUGAGUCAAACUCUGCAUUUAUUUCUUAGGUUUUGAAUUAGCACUGUACAGAUCUUAACUUAUUUUUAUUUAUUUAUUUGUAAAUAUGCUGAAAAAUUAUUAAUUGAAACAAAGAAAGGUUUUUCAA